CAGCCCCACAUAAAGAUUCCCGACUCGAAUAUUCUAAUCACCACAAUUCAAACCUCAUCUAACUUUUACCUCCAUUCCUUUUGCUUUCACUCACAAAUUUUAAUUGAAAAUUCAAAGUGCUGCUAUGAUUGCCAGCUAUUAGGUCUAAAACUUGUGAUUGCAAAUCAAUCUCCGCCUGUUUUUAUGCUGCUUCCGCCGAUUUGAUUAAUAAACAAAUCCAGUUUACCAACGUGCUAUCGUUGAUUUCGACCUUGAAUUUUCAAGUCAAUCCUUUCUAUCUGUUUUAACUGUAUAAGAAUCUCUGCGUUUGGUAUGAAGUUUGGUUUGGAAGAGCGGAUGGCUAGGAUGAAGCUGAAAGGGAGGCCGGUGGAUCACGGGUAUUACAUGCCUGCUGAGUGGGCGCCUCACUCGCGCUGCUGGAUCGGCUGGCCUGAACGGCCAGACAAUUGGCAUGACAAUGCCGUGCAUGCUCAACGUGUCUUUACCAGAGUUGCAACUGCAAUUUCAAGAUUUGAACCAGUUACUGUAUGUGCCAGUUCUGUGCAGUGGGAGAAUGCCCGCAGUCAAUUGCCAGAACAUAUCAGGGUGGUUGAGAUCAGCAUGAAUGACUCUUGGCUCCGUGACACUGGACCAACAUUUCUUGUCAGAAAUAGCCUGUUAGAUAACGAGAAGUUGGACAGCAAGGUUGCAGGGAUUGAUUGGAACUUCAAUGGCUAUGGUGGCAUGGAUGGAGGUUGUUAUGAAGAUUGGAGCCUUGACUUACUUAUCGCUAAUAAGGUUCUGGAAAUUGAAAAUGUUCCUAGGUUUUCUCAUUCUAUGAUUCUUGAAGGUGGAAGUGUUCAUGUUGAUGGAGAAGGGACUUGUCUUACAACAGAGGAGUGCCUACUGAAUAAAAAUAGAAAUCCAGGUUUAUCUAAGGGACAAAUUGAGGAUGAACUUAAGGCAUACCUUGGAGUGAAGAAGGUCAUCUGGCUGCCUCGUGGAUUAUUUGGUGAUGAUGACACUAAUGGGCAUAUUGAUAACAUGUGCUGUUUCUCGAGGCCUGGUGUAGUUUUAUUGUCAUGGACUGAUGAUAAGUCAGAUCCCCAAUACGAACGAUCGAUGGAAGCUCUUUCUGUUCUUACGAGAGAAACUGAUGCCAAAGGUAGAAAAUUCGAAAUCAUCAAACUUCAUGUGCCAGGACCACUCUAUAUGACAGAGGAGGAAGCUAAUGGACUACAACAGGGUGAUGGUAAAGGAAGGGAUCCUGGCACGAGACUUGCAGCCUCCUACGCAAACUUCUAUAUUGCUAGCAGAGCAAUUAUCACCCCUCAAUUCGGUGAUCAGAAGUGGGAUGAUGAAGCUGUUCGCGUCUUGUCUUCCACAUUUCCAAAUUAUGAGAUUGUGAGAAUCGAAGAUGCUCGUGAUAUCGUGCUUGGUGGAGGCAAUAUACAUUGCAUCACCCAACAGCAACCAGCUUCUCCAUAAAUCUAAAGCUUGAAAGGCAGCAAAUGAUUCCAUUGCCUUGAAUUUAUUGAUCCAUAACUUAUAUCCACUCAAAAUUCACUCCCACAUUCUCUUUCCUAUUUUUCUCUAUCAACAAUGUUGCUAGGCAAACUUAAACAACCGAAACACAUCAUAAUUUGCACUGUAUUAGAAAUGGGUCACUCACCCCUUAAAAGGCCUCAUAAGGGGGAGGGUUAUCCACACUUAUAUAGAUUAGAUGGGAUCUUCACCAAGUCGAUGUGGGACAGAAUUUAGAGGAUUUAACACACUGCUUGAUUCCUAAAAUAUUUUAUGAUAAAUGUUUUGCGAA